GCAGGAAGCGCAGUCUACAGUAAGGGACAGCAGCCAGAGCUGGAGACAGGCUCUGAGAAGAGCAGGUAAAAGCCCACGAGGAGCGGGGACCCUGGCUGUCAGACUCAACUUGCAGGAGCAUCAAGUGUAGGUGUGGUUCAAGAACCGGGGCCGCUUGCUCUGCGGUAGCAACGGCAAAUAACCGCAGCGACGACCAGGGCAGCCAAGCCAGCAGCCGGGACCCCGGGAUGCUCGUGGCCCAUGAUCCAACGCCCUGCCUUUGCGGGUCCUGUACUUCCGCGGGGUCCGGGGUUGUGCAGCCCCUCCCCAACCAGCCCUUGGGAAUCUUCGCGGCAGCAGAACCUGCUGCCUCUAGCUCCGACCACACCUGCACAGAGAGAGAGUCCCUGCACAGGGCGGCCAGCAGGGCUACCCAGCUGCCCCAGGGCCUCGGGACCCCUGGGCCUGGGACCCACGCCAGACCCUGCCUUAUUCGGUGACCUCCCACCCCAAGACCCUUUCAGGGACCCUGUCUCUACUCCACGACAGGGGAGGCAGGGGCGGGCCUUUUGCAUGGGAAGAGCUCCCCCAGCAGAACGUUUGUGGAAUCUGGAGGGAGUCGCCCUGCAGAUAUCCUGCGGAAGCCGGAGGGGACCCAGGUGCGCCCCACUGGCGAGCUGCGCCCGCGGGUGCGGGAAGCGGUGUCCGGGCCAUCCUCACGGCAGUGACUCCUCCGCAGCGCCAACGCACCCCAUUUUUCGUCCACCCUGCCGGUGGGGGGCGUUUGCUUGUUCUCCCUGUGCAGCCGCCGCUAGUGGCGCCGCUACGAAGGUCCCCGCCUCGCCAUCCGGGUCCUGCGUGAGCAUCCUUAUUGGUGCUCAGGACUGGGCGUGCAUUGCUGCUAGAGGCGCGCGAAGGUUUAGCGUGGGUGGACGCUGCCCGGGACUUGAGUGGAUUUUAGAGGUCUUGAGUGGCACACUCUCCAAUCAGCGCGUUCUUGAGAGAGCGUGGUCAGCAUACUUGCUUACUUUCAGGAUUGCGAGAUGUCUUUAACCCUUGCUGAUCGGCUGACGAUGCAGCUUCCUGUGGCUUCAUGCUCAUUUCCCGGAAGAUAGCACUGAUAGGGUAUUGGAAAUCCUUAUGUAAAGUAUCUGUGCGCUGUUUUUGCCCAUUUUCUUGAUUUGUUUUAACUGAUUCUUCUAAUCUCUUGACAAUUAAUGUGUUGCAAUUUUCACAUCUAUGUUGCUUUUUCAUUAGUAGCAUUUCUCAAUUCUUUGAUUUCUUGAACUUCAUGUUGUCCAUGUCAGUAUGUCUUAAAUUAUCUGUGACGGUGGA